UGCGACAGAUCUAGGACUAUGUUCUAUAUUUCAAGAGCCAACAACAUUUCUUGCUAUGUAAUGUUAUUAAUAACAGUAAGAAGAAGUUUAGUAAUUCAAAAUUAUUCAGAGACGAUAAGGUAAAGUUUUCUUUACAGGAUACAUGGACAUAGAAUCCCUCAUCACCAUGGUUGUGUUGGCUACACUGGCAGGCGGUUACAUAGUUGCAUCUCUCAUUUUGCUAAGAUUUCCACAGAUUCUUCAUCGGAGGAAAAAGCUUUUAUUUCGCCCAGUUCACAUAAGUCACAGAGGAGGCGCUGGUGAAAACUGCGAAAACACAGUUACGGCUUUUAAACAUGCGCUGGCGCAAGGUUCUCAGAUGCUUGAGGUGGAUGUACAUUUGACGCGGGACGGAGAGGUGGUUGUAUCACAUGACGGUCACCUCAAGGGCAAGUUUGGUGUUGACGCCAACAUUGCUGACAUUGAUCUCAUAAAUCUUCCAAAGUACAAAUCUGUGAUGUCGGUAGACUUUAAACCAGGUUUUACCGUGUGUUGUGGUGGGGAUUGCAAUAUACCCACACUUCGUGACGUCUUCACCAAAUUUUCUAGUACACCAAUCAAUAUUGACAUCAAAGUCCACAAUGAAACCCUCAUUCAUAAGGUUCAUGAGUUGAUCAAGGAGUUUCGGAGAGAGGAUCUCAGUGUGUGGGGAGGGAGGGCAAGUGUCACAACCAAAUAUCUCCAUAAACUGGACCCGAGCAUUCCAUUGUUUUUCUCUUUCCAAAAUGUGCUGUCUCUAGUCAUCAUGUUCUACACAGGGUUAUUGCCCUUCGUGCCAAUCAAAGAAUCCACGCUGGAAAUCAUCAUGCCAAGUAUUGCAUUUAAAUCAGGCCGGUUUUCAGCUGAUCUACCAUUGAAAUUCCGAGUGUUGCUCAGGAUAGCUGAUACGUUACUAAUGAGACCAGCCCUGUUCAGACAUUUGGAGAGGAGGGGGAUACAGACUUACCUAUGGGUGCUAAACGAUGAUGAAGAUUAUGAGCGGGCGUUUAAGCUGGGCGUGGCAGGAGUGAUGACAGAUUUCCCCUCCAAACUCGCCCACUUUCUACAAGAGCACCCGCAGUAUGCAGCCCACUGGCGGGGUACAGAUUCAAGCACAGUAGAAGAGGCUCAGUGUCUCAACUCUGCUGUCAACCAUUGAAGACUGCUGGCCGUUAGUUGUGAUAGUGAUUUAUUUAUAAUAUAAUUGUCAAUCCAAUUGCAUUUGCAAAUAUGGUGUUGUUUUGAGUUUCAAUAGAUUAUAUUUCUCACAGAUGUUGAUAUUCAUUAUUAAGCCUUUCUUAAAAUUGGUUAGUUUGCUGUGGCCCAACCCAGACCUUUUCCAAUGGGUGAUCAUUUAAUGUUUAACAAUAAAGAAAAGAGAAAACAUGAAAUGAAAAACUGCCAUUCUUAAGGUCAAGAAUCUUUAGUCUGAACGUUGGUAGGUCAGCUGGGUCAAUGCAAACAAAGUGUUUACAAGGAUAGCCUAUUGUUGCUUUUUUACAUUUUUGUUCUUUGAUUCAAAAUUAUGUGAUAUUAUUAUUUUUGAUCUUAAAAUAUCAUUUUUAUUACAGCACAUUAUUUUACAAAAUUUUCUCACGAAAUUUGUGAUGUGUUCAUAUUUAUGAUGUAUGUGAUUGUUACUACUUUGUCUACAAACAUGUGUCACACGCCUGGACAUUCAUUACUCACAAUUUAAAUCAAAUAAAAAAAUAACUUUGCAUCUGUUUGUAAUUAAAGUGCUUUUCAAGUAAACCAUACUCUUUUCCAUUGCUUUCAUAUCUACUUGUUUAAAGAUUAUAUGGUAGUAGUCUUGAGGAGUUUUUAUCAGUUUUGAUAAACAGUUCAAUGAAUUACUUAUUGAAUGACUGCAAAUAUGAUAUUCUGUUUAUAUUAUUAAAACAUAUUUGAUUUAAAAUGUUUCUAUAUCCAUUUAUAUGUUAUUGUAUACGUCCAGCUAUGCCAUAUCAGUUUCUUUUUGGUAAUCAUUGAUAAAUGCAAGGACCAACUGUCUCAUGCGAGUGAUAAGAUGUGUCUUGUUGGUGAGUGACUAAUUACUAGUCAUUUAUUCGUUUGUGAUUAAGGAGGUUGGUGUCCAAUAAUAAGGUCAUUCUGUAAGUUCAAAAAUAUAAAGAGGAAAAAACAAAUCCAGAAUCUAUUUAACGGACACAUCCAUGUCAAAUACAUCUUACAAUAUUGACAAUAUUUUUUGGCCACCAUCUGAGCAAUUAUUUUACAAUUGUUUUGAUUCACUUGUACUGCAACAACCGUUCUAUAGUUAGAUGGACGUUUUUUAAAUGUGCUUAUGGUUAUUUUGCUUAUAAAAGAAUUCAACAGUUUAUAGUAUUCCAGAUUUAGUUUCCUUAGAUUUAUAAAUUUUGUGUAAAAAAUGGGGUAGGAACCCAUACAUAGAUAUAAAAAAUGUAUUAACUAUAACAACAGAUAAAGAGGUGGUUACCCAAAUGAAAUGUGCUUCUUCAAAGAAUAAACAUAACCCUGAGUGUUUAUAGUAUUUACAGGAUUAUAGUGGUACUUUGCUUUGCUUUUUACAAAGAACCUUACAUAGUUUGUUUUAUAUUGUUAUUUUUUUUUUUUUUAAAAGGUUCAGUUUUUGUCAUGGUGUCAUAAUCAGCGUCACUGUGCAAUAACUUUAAUCUUGAUCACAUUUCUGAAACAGUUAAAAAAUCAUCAUUGAAACUUUAAUAGUCAAUAUGUUGCCAUUGACAUAUGACACAUGUGCAGCAAUGCCCACAGUUGCCAUUGACAUCUGACACAUGUGCAGCAAUGCCCGCAGUUGCCAUUGACAUAUGACACAUGUGCAGCAACGCCCACAGUUGCCAAUGACAUAUGACACAUGUGCAGCAACGCCCACAGUUGCCAUUGACAUAUGACACAUGUGCAGCAAUUCCCACAGUUGCCAUUGACAUAUGACACAUGUGCAGCAAUUCCCACAGUUGCCAUUGACAUAUGACACAUGUGCAGCAAUUCCCACAGUUGCCAUUGACAUAUGACACAUGUGCAGCCCAUUGACAUAUGACACAUGUGCAGCAAUUCCCACAGUUGCCAUUGACAUAUGACACAUGUGCAGCAAUGCCCACAGUUGCCAUUGACAUACAUGACACAUGUGCAGUAAUGCCCGCAGCUCUGGCUGGAGUAAUUGUUGUGUAUUGCCUCCCUUAUUACUGACAAAAAAUAACUAGACAAGUGUUGGUGUUCACUCAGCAGUACUAAGGAUGUAAUUUGUAUGCAUGAAAAAUAUUUAUUCAUUAUGAUAUUAGAGUGUGAUAGAUUAUCGUUUUAGCUUUUUUCCAAAAACUUCUUAUACAUUCUUGUUGUCAUAAAUGUUGUUUAUUUGUAUUUCAACUUGUUGUUGACAACUAAUGAAUUGAAACAUUGUUCAUUUCUACUUUUUAGUUAAUAUUAUUAAAAAGAAAAACAGGA